AAGUAGUUUGUCUGACCUGUAAGUAGCCGGAGUAGGCCGAAACUGUGUCUGGGUAUUGCACUGACGAUGAAACUGGGAUUAUUAAAACAUAUUCAUUAUUUAUAGUCAGUAUUAGCAGACACUUCGGAAAAAGAUGAUUAUUGAGAAUGUGGAAGCUCUGAAAUCGUGGCUGGCUAAACUCCUGGAGCCGAUAUGUGAUGCAGACCCUUCUGCUUUGGCCAACUAUGUUGUGGCCUUAGUUAAGAAAGACAAACCUGAGAAAGAUCUCAGGGCUCUCUGUGCAGAUCAGCUAGAUGUCUUCUUACAAAAAGAGACAACUGGUUUUGUAGAUAAACUCUUUGAAUGUUUAACUACAAAAAACUACUUGGGCAAUCCAGAACCAAUAAAAGAACUUCCUAAAGUGGAACCCAAGCUGGCAGUGCAAAAACAGGAAGACCGAGAAGAGGCAGGGAAUGCUGAGGAAGAAAGGGAUGGUAGAAGAAGAAGGAGCCCUUUGAGAAACCGAUCUGACAUAAAUGAAUCCAGGGCUCGUGAUGAGAGGAGGAGAGAUGACCGCAAGAGACGCGAUGGCGAUCGCUACGGGAAGAGCGAGUCCUACAGGGACCGGUAUGAGCGGCGAGCGGGAAACAACCGGGGGCGGAGCUACAGUCGCAGCAGGAGCCGCAGCCGCAGCGGGAGCAGGGGCAAGAGCGGGGACAAGGAGCACGCCCGAGGUAAAGAGCACCGGUCCAAGUUUGAGCAGGAGAGAAAGGAACAGGAGGGGUAUAUUCCCACGGCCGUGCCCGCCUGCAGCUCCCUACUCCCUCUGCCGCCCCCCCACCACCAGCUCUCCUCCGGGGCCACGGCUCUCCCCAGCUCCGUUACCGUGGUAGUGCCCGCUCACCUGCCCGAUGGCACCAGUGAGAGCUGGUCCAAUUACUUCUCCAAUCACAGCGAAGGCAAACAGUUCAACAAAAGCGCCUCACUGAAGCGCCGCUGCCGUGACUACGACGAGAAAGGAUUUUGUGUCCGAGGAGACCUGUGUCCCUUUGAUCACGGCAAUGAUCCCCUGAUAGUGGACGACGUCACCUUGCCAACCAUGAUUCCCUUCCCGCCCCCACCUGGCAUGCCGCCACCGCCCCCCCGAAUGCCCAUGCCCCCUAUGACAGAACCGCCUCCCAACAUCAGAAUGCCCAUGCCCCCCCAUGGACAGCCCCCUCCAAUGCCCGGCAUCUUCCCCCUGCCACCUGAGGGCUCCCGUGCAUGGCAAUCAUUGCUAGGACCUCCAUUAAUACCAACAAGUGCAAUAGAUACUGGUGAGCACUCUGGGACAAGUUUGAUCUCUACUCUUGCGCCGCCAGGAGUAGGACCUCCUCCUCCUCCUAUACCAACACAUCCUCAGUACACGCUUUCAGAAUAUAACUAUGAGCAGGAGGCCUACAACCCUGAGGCUCCGGGAAUCACGCAGUACAGACACUUCAUCCCCCGCAUCCAGACCCAGAGACCCAACCUCAUCGGCCUCACGUCUGGAGACAUGGACACGCAGAACUCUCGAGCAGCUAACAUUGUCAUUCAGACGGAGCCGUCCGUGUCGGCAGCAUCCAACAGCAGCUCAAGGUACAGCAGUGAGCAGGAGAGCAGGAAGAGGCCCUUGGGAGCCACUGAAGGCCCCGCAAUCAAGAAGCCCUGGAUGGACAAGCAAAACUUCAAUAAUCAACACAAGCCUGGCUUUCAGAAGAAGAAUCACUACGCCAACACGAAACUUGAAGUUCGCAAAAUCCCCCGUGAUCUCAACAACAUCACCAAAUUAAAUGAGCACUUCAGCAAGUUUGGGACUAUUGUGAACAUUCAGGUGGUGUUUGGUGGUGACCCUGAAGCAGCAUUGAUCCAGUACACCGCGAAUGAUGAGGCCCGGCGGGCCAUUUCCAGCACAGAAGCAGUGCUUAACAACCGCUUCAUCAGGGUCUACUGGCACCGGGAGAACAACGAACAGCUCCAGCCCCAGGGACAGGGACAGAGCCAGAACGCUCCCCUUGGGCCACAGCAUGCUGGUGUCCACAAGGUUGUCAACAGGCCACACAGUCCUGGCUCCUACGUGCUGAACAAGAUGACGGCCAAACAUCGCAUGGGAGGUGCGGCUCUGAGCAAAGUGGAUGCGCUGCACCCCGCUCCAGACACCUCUCAGACUAUGACUACCUCUACAAGCCUCCAAAAGGGAGCUUACAGUUCAGCGAUGAAGAUGAGCUCCAAGACAAUGGGGAAAGCAGCCAAGGCUCUGGAAGCUCAUGAAGCACUGAAGAAGAAGCAGGAGGCGCUGAAAUUACAGCAGGACAUGAGAAAGAAAAAGCAGGAGAUGGUGGAGAAGCACAUAGAAUACCAGAAGGCGCUGAUAAGCAAACUGGAGAAGAAUAAGAAGAUGAAACCAGAGGAGAGGGCAAGGAUCAUGACCACGCUGAAAGAGCUCUCUCAAAAGAUCCCCCAGCUGAAGGACGAGAUAAAGCCAGCAGCUAACUCUGCAGCCAAGUCUGCUCAGCCCAAGACCAAGAUAGACGCACAGAAGGAACUGCUGGAUGCCGAGUUGGAUUUUCACAAGAAGCUGAGCUCCGGAGAAGACACCACCGACCUGAAGAGGCGACUUAGUCAGCUGCAGUUGGAGGCUGCUCGACUGGGACUAAUUCCAGCUGGACGGGGCAAGCCUGCUCCAGUUCGGGGACGGGGCCGGGGGCGGGGUCGGAGCAUGAGGGGUCGAGGCGGAGGCAGUCACAUGGUGGUGGACCACAGGCCACGAGCGCUUGCCAUCCUUGGCGUGAGCAAAGAAGAGAAGGAUGAACUGAUGCCUCACUUUGUGAAAUUUGGGGAAAUUGAGGAACUGCGUGACCACGAUGCCACCAGCGUCGUAAUGACGUUCAAGACGAGGAGCGACGCCGAGAAUGCUGCAAACCAAGGCGCAAAAUUCAAAGGCCGCACUCUCCAAAUGUCCUGGUACAAACCCAAGAUUCCAUCUGUAUCUACUGAACCGGAGGAGGAAGAAUCAAAGGAAGAGGAGUCGGAAAGCUCCCUAUUGCUUCCAGAGGAAGAGGAGGAAGAUGAUGAUGAAGAGGAUGAAGAUGAGAGCCGUUCAUGGAGAAGAUGAAAGGACUGUAAAGUUAAUCCUUUUUUGUGAAAAGGACUGUUGAUUUUUUUAAGUACAAAUUUACCUGUAUUUAAUAAGGUGUUCCAAGUUUUUUGACUUUUUGAAAACUUCUAAAUCGCAGAAGAUUCUGACUCAUACUGUACUGGUUAGUAUGAGGGCUCCAGCUUCACAUAAGCUUAAUAAUUCUCUGCCAUCUCUCUGUUUUGUUUUCAGAGAUAUACAAGUAAACCGUUUUCAUGAUUUACCAAUACUGAAAUUUGAGUCCCAGAAAUUGUUGAUCUGGUUUUAGUUCCCGAACUAUGGUUUGUGAGAAGCUUGAAUCCAUUUUAUAAAAAUUUAGCUUUUUUUACUUUCAAAUCCAACACAGCAUUUUGGGGUGUUUUUAGUUUUCAUCAAUAUUUGUAGUACAUUUUAUGCCGGUUCUUCUCGCUGCUUUCUUUUUAAAAGAAAUAUGUGUGUCAUUUAACACAGAAGACAUUUGGAAACUAUGCUAUUGGCCACCAAAAAAGGAAAGAAUAUUCUGCAGUAUUUUAUACAUGCUGUUCUCCAUUAGCCCUUUUUUUCCAUUGUAUGUAUAAGUGGCUGGUUUAUGUCCCCUUUUGCAGUGCAUUCAGCUCUGCUGGAGGGUGUGUGAUCUGUAGGCUCCAGCUGUCUGGAGGGUGCCAUCAGAGCCAUUCACAAGAUUGUAUUGAAUGCUAUAUCUGGAUUCAGGCAUGUAUGGAAUUGGCUACCUGGCUAAUUAAGAUCUGGUUUUUCCCUGGAGAAAACAUGAAUUCAGUGAGAACAUUUACACAUCAGAAAUGGCCGCUACCGUGACUAAAUUAAAUUUAGACUGAUUUCUUCCUGUAUUGAGUUACAUUUCAUUAAGACACAGUGCCACUUUAUGUAAAUAUUGACAUCCAAAUUGAAAGGUUUUGCCAGUAUUUCUUUGAAAAGAUAUCCAGGUGUCAAUUAUAUAUAUAUGUAUACACAAAGAUAUAUGUAUCUUUCCCCUAAAUAUAAUUCUAGCUUUUGUCAUCUUUGACUAGGAAUGUCUGGUCUUGGAUGAUUUGACAAUAGAUUAUUUAGAAAAGGUCAGCUGUCUGGCAUGUCACACAUCCCUGUUGAAGAGAGUGCAUUAUUUGCAGGGGUCACAUUAAUUACAUCUGCAAUAUGCAGAGUCAUGUAGGAAUAUAUGUUGUGUAUUUUUUGUAUAUGAUUUUUUGCCUUAUUGUCAGUUAAAUUACCAGCAGACAGUUGCAUUUUUUUAUAAUUUUUGUGUGUAUUUUUCUGUACAGACCUUUGCAAUAACAUUACGGACAGUGUAGAUAGGUUUUAUUUUUAGAAUAAAUCGAUAUUGGAUUACUGUGGCAGCAGAAGGAAAAAAGUCCCUUUCACAUAAUUUGGUUUAGGAGUGAGUUUGUCCUACAGGUCCCAGCCAUGCGCACACAAUUACAUUUUACAACAAGCAGAGAACCAUCAGCUUAUUUCGAUGCGAUGCAUGUUGCAUAUACUGGAGCAGUGCCUACAUGAGUCUCUCCCUCCAAGUAAGCAGAUUGUACGCUCUCAGGAUACUUGUAGGACUUCCAUUUGGGCUCAUAGCAUUUCAUCAAAUGGGCAUCCGUUUAAAUCAUUUUCCUCCGUUAAAAGCGCUGCAUUAUUUGAAGAAUUGGCUUGAAGGUGUAAAUUUGAAACCUUAGUUUGUUUUGACAGUACAGGUUUUUUCUUUCAAAUGUAUGUGCACUAUAUUUUAAAGAAAAUGCGGGAUCACCUGUGUGUUGAGCUGAUCCAGUUAUACAUCUUAAAUUUACUAUGUGUGCCCCUAUGAUACAAGCUAUGAUUAUGUGGAAGGGAACUUUCUCCUUUGUACAACAGGCUGUGCAUAUGAGUUUUACAUGGUGGUGAUGUGUAAUUGGAUUUGUUACUUACUGUUUAUAUAUGGGGAUUUGUGGAUGUAUUUUUGAUUUCUUGUUUAUAUCAAUUUCUAACACACUAGCAUGUUGGCUUUUACCAAUAAAGAUUAAGGAAUGGCAGCAACAAGAACAUACAAAAAAAGGAAAUAUAUGUAUAUGUGCAUACUUGCAUAUAUAUCCAUAUAUUUCACAAAACAAGUAAUCAUCGAUUAUCAGAAAAAAAUACAAAUUCGGUGGAAAAAGAAAAGAAUCCAUUCCGAAACUUGUCACCUA